UGGGGAUGAGAGGGGGAAGAGGGGGAAGAGGGGGAAGAGGGGGAAGAGGGGGAAGAGGGGGAAGAGGGGGAAGAGGGGGAAGAGGGGGAAGAGGGGGAAGAGGCGGAAGAGGGGGAAGAGGGGGAAGAGGGGGAAGAGGGGGAAGAGGGGGAAGAGGGGGAAGAGGGGGAAGAGGGGGAAGAGGGGGAAGAGGGGGAAGAGGGGGAAGAGGGGGAAGAGGGGGAAGAGGGGGAAGAGGGGGAAAAGGCGGAAGAGGGGGAAGAGGGGGAAGAGGGGAAAAGGCGGAAGAGGGGGAAGAGGGGGAAGAGGGGGAAGAGGGGGAAGAGGGGGAAGAGGGGGAAGAGGGGGAAGGCAGCACAAGGGGAUCUGUCUGUGAGCCAGAGCACUCGGUGGGAUAGGUGGGCCCUCAUAGGGUGGCUAAACGCUG